AUGCUAUUCCUCGAUGGCACCCAUUUGCUAGGUAAAUAUGGUGGCAUCCUACUAGGCGCAACUGCAAAGGAUGGUAAUGAAGGUCUAUUUCAUCUAGCUUUUGCUAUUGUUGAUAAUGAAACUGACGAUAACUGGACGUGGUUCAUUUCCACUCUGGGUGAUGCAAUAUAUGGUGAAGAUGACUACCACAAAAUCAUUACAUUCAUUUCAGACCGUUCUAAAGGACUUGUUAAUGCUAUUGCCAAAGUCUUCCCCUCUGCCCCACAUGGCUACUGUUUGCGACAUCUCCAAGCAAACUUUUUGAAGGCUAAUGGUCUCCUAGGGAAAGGAUUAAAAGAUGAGUGUUGGAGGUUGGUUGUUAAGAUUGCAUAUGCAUGCACAUCUUCAAAGUAUGAUGCAACUGUGGGUGCGUUUUCAGCGAUAUCAACACAGGCCCAUAAUUGGUUAUUUCAAAAGUCGGACAUGAUGCAUUGGUGCAAUUACUUGUUUAGAGGACAACGCUGGGGCGAGAUGUAUUCGAAUGUGGCAGAGUCUUUCAAUGCAUGGAUUAAGGAGGCACGACAUCUACCUGUCUGUAACAUGGUUGACGCGAUAAGGUUCAAGAUGAUGAACCUAAUGUACAAGCGGCGCGAGAAUAGCAUGAAAUGGGAAAUCCAUCUUUGCCCGGAGAUUCACAAGAAGAUUGAAAAGACUAUUGAAGAAAGCAGAUGCUUAGUCAUAGGCCGAUCUGAUGGUGAUAUUUUUGAAGUCGUUGACAAGCAAGGCAACCAUGUCGAUUUACGUAGUAGAACUUGUUCUUGUCGUCGGUGGGAUGUGUACGGUCUUCCUUGUAACCAUGCCUGCUGCGCAAUCUUACAAACUGAUGUAAACAUUCAUUGUUACAUGGAAGGCUACUACACAGUCGCAUUGUACAAAGAAGCAUAUGAGACAUCUUCGUAUUCGUCCACCUAUCUCAAAGAAGAGACUCGGAUGACCAAGAAAAAGGAGGAUUGA